AUGAAGAAGGCGUCUAGGUACCUGAAGCAGCUCUUCUCCGCCAUCGUCGCGGCGGUGAAGGCCAGGUCCACCGCCGUGGGCACCAAGGCCAGCUCCCUGCAGACGCGCCUCCUCGUGCUCGGCAUCAUGCGGAACAAGAAGCUCCUGCUCAGCGUCAUCCAGAGCAAGAUCCACGCCAUCAUGGGCGGCGGCGGCGGCAGUGGCCACCACCACCAGCAGGGCAGCAGCAGCUACGGCCUCAAUAAUGGCAAUGGCAAUGGCAAUGGCGAGGCCGAGCGCCUCUUCCUAGCCAGCAGCGGCGCCAGGAAGGCCGCGCUGCUGCAGAGCCUGCCGAGCUUCGCUGUGGAGCAGGAGGCGAGGGCGGUCGUCCUGCUCAGCAGCCUGCCGAGCUUCGCGCUGGAGCGGGAGCGGGACACCGCCGGCGCCAACGAGGACAAGGACGUGGUGGAAGCAGCAGCAGCAGGCGAGAAGCAUCUUGCUACCGUGAACGACGCCGCCGUCGCCGCUCCUGCAGGAUCGGCGCCGGAGGGGGAGUUCCGGCUGGAGGACGAGAUCGACCGCGUGGCGGACGUGUUCAUCAGGCGCUUCCACGAGCAGAUGAAGCUGCAGAAGCUCGAGUCCUUCAAGAGGUUCUGCGAGAUGCUGGAGAGGGGCGCCUGA